CAACGCGCAGCGCGCAUGCGGAGCUGAGGACGGCGUGCGAGAGGGCGAAGAGGACGUUAUCCUCGACCACGCAGACGACCGUCGAGAUCGAUUCUCUGUUCGAGGGGAUCGAUUUCUACUCGACGAUCACCCGAGCGAGGUUCGAGGAGUUGUGCAUGGAUUUGUUCAGGAAGUGUAUGGAGCCGGUGGAGAAAUGCCUCAGGGACGCUAAGAUCGACAAGAGCAGCGUGCAUGAGAUAGUACUAGUUGGGGGCUCGACCCGAAUCCCCAAAGUGCAGCAAUUGCUUCAAGAUUUCUUCAACGGUAAAGAGCUCUGUAAAGCAAUCAACCCCGACGAGGCUGUGGCCUAUGGCGCAGCGGUGCAAGCGGCGAUCCUCACCGGCGAAGGAGAUCAGAAGGUACAAGAUCUACUCCUCCUCGAUGUAACUCCUCUUAGCCUCGGCAUUGAGACCGCCGGCGGCGUCAUGACUGUCUUAAUCCCGAGAAACACGACGAUUCCGACGAAGAAAGAGCAGAUAUUCUCGACUUACACCGAUAACCAGCCCGGCGUCCUAAUCCAGGUCUACGAAGGAGAGCGGCCGAUGACCAAGGACAACAACUUACUUGGCAAAUUUGAGCUUACCGGAAUUCCUCCGGCGCCGAGAGGAGUCCCGCAGAUCAACGUAACCUUCGACAUUGACGCGAAUGGGAUUCUGAAUGUCUCUGCAGAGGACAAGACUGCAGGGGUGAAGAACAAGAUCACGAUAACAAACGACAAGGGGAGGCUGAGCAAGGAGGAGAUCGAGAAGAUGGUGAAGGAGGCGGAGAAGUACAGGGCGGAGGAUGAGGCGGUGAAGAAGAAGGUGGAAGCGAAGAAUGCGCUGGAGAACUAUGCGUACAACAUGAGGAACACGAUAAGGGACGACAAGGUGAAGGAGAAGAUCGGGGCAGGGGAUCGGGAGAGGAUCGAGAAGGCGGUGGAGGAGGCGAUCGGGUGGCUGGAGGGGAACCAGCUGGCGGAGGUGGAGGAGUUCGAGCACAAGCAGAAGGAGUUGGAGGAGGUCUGCGGGCCGUUAAUCGCGAAGAUGUAUCAGGGUGGUAGAGGAGCGAUAGGCAGGAGAACGGCGGUGGUGCAGGCGGCAGCGGCAGCGUGGUCCUGCGGCCUAAGAUUGAGGAGGUUGAUUGAGAUUUUGGUUCGUUUUUAGGAUGGUUUUGGGUCAAGUACUUGUUAGUCUUUUAGUUUGUGUUGGUCAUGGCUGCUCUGGCUCUAGUUCAUGAGUGAAUAAUGAAUGUAUAGUGUAGUAAGGAGUAUUAGUAAAUCAAAAAUAGCUUUCGUUUUGUGU